UAUUUGAAGUAAUUUCUUACGUCAACAUUAAAUUAAAUGGUUAAACAUUUAUUUCAUUUGAACAGCAACUUAUAAGGACCAUUUCAACUGCAAUUUACAAGAAUGCGAUUGCCUGUUUGAGAAAAAUGAUUUUGAGAAAAGUAUUUUGGCUAUAAACCGCAAUAAGGCUGCACUCAAGGAUGUUACAUUGGAUGUCCCACAUUGCGGUGAUUUGACAUUUCAAAAGUUAAAUGAUGCGAAAGAAAUUGGACCAAAAGUGACGCAAUUUAACAAAAGAUUAGAGAUGAUUCGCACAACUUAUGAAGACACACUGGGCAAGAAUGCAGGAAAUUGUGUCUACAAUCAGCGUCAUUUAUUUGAUAAAAUUCUCAACAUUUGGCUGCCACCAAAAUCAUAUAAAAAAAUCGAGCCAUUAGUGCUCAUCGAUAAAGGAGAUCCUUGUGACUUUUCAUCACAUAAAGAAAAGAUUGUGGUACCAAAGACGGUUAAGCAAGAAUAUCGAGCUGAAAGGACACGAAGAUUUUUCACCCAAAGCUAUAUGCAGGCAGCAUGGGAGGAUUUUAUAUUUAUAAAUGAUUUAAAGACAAACAAAGUUUUAAAGAAGUCGACCCAAAAUGCUGAAAGACAUGAGAACAUCCACAAUGUUAUUGACGAAUGCAUUGAGAAGAACUGGAAGAUAAUUAAACAACUGCAUGCCCGUUGUCCACUAUACAUGAAGAGAAAUAAUGUUCGAUCCGAGAAGUGGGACAAGACCACAAAAUUCCGCAUGCAAUAUAAAAUUCGUCGUGAAAUGUUUACAGCAUUAGAAGAUAUUCAGGCAUGUUACGUUGAAAAACGUUCGGAGGAUUUAAUCAAAAUUGCUGAGGGCGAGUUAGGUGUUCGAUAUCGUAUCCAUCCAUCGUAUUUAAUGCCACGUCGGAAUGAAUUUAUUGUGGAAAUUUGUAAUUAUAUUGCUUUAGCACAUUUUGAUGAUAUUAUCAAGUCAUCCACGCUGGUUAAUUCUCACGAUUAUGAAGACUAUGAUUUAUUGAAGAAACUUCUUGGAAUUUAUUAUGAAACUAAGAGUAUCUUUAAGCCUUACGUGUUUGGAGACCAGAGCACUUAUCGAGAUCCAGCUGAACCGAAUACAUCAUACAUGACAUUCCGCAAUAAAAUUGUUCGACUUGAGCGUCGAUUAUCUCAAAAGCCAAUGCUGAAAAUUGAACAAUGUCACUUGCUGUAUGAAAUGGCAAGAGCAAAUUUGGAGCAAUUACGUCCAGACGAAGCGAGAGAAAUUGGUGAAAAAAUGGUCGAGGAAGCAGAUAGCAUAAGUUAUUUGUGGCUGUUCCUUGGUAAACUUACGAUAUGUCGUGCAGACAUUUUGCAAAAACAAUUUAAGGAUGCAGGAAAAGGCAUGAAUGAUGUUGUUUCUAUGGUCGAUAUUUUCAAAAGUCAAGAGUUGAAAAUGGUUAUAGAACAUGCAUUUGAGAUUGUUAAACGACUGUCAUAAAAACAAUAAAAAAUGGAUUGGAAGCAGUUAUCAUAUUUGAUAUUUGGAAACAGAACCUAAAGCAAACAGCAUUUGUGUUUGACAAAUUUUUGACAUAAAAAAUUGAUUUAUCUUAAAAAUUGCCUUUUUUGAAUUUAUGGAAAAUAAA